AUGGUCGAGACAACAGAAGAAAAGGAAAUCAAACGCGUCAGACGUCUUAUUACUAGAGCUGACACUAAACGCACUAUUGCCGUCAAAAAAAUUCGUUCAAUUAACAGCCUCGCUAAACGCGCUAAAGAUGAUCCUAAUCUUAUGGAUGAACUACAUGUAGCGGCUUCGACACUGGAUGAUCUGUGGAAACAGUUCGAAGCAGCGGACAAUGAUGUGUUAGACAGUCUGCUGGAAAUAAACGCCGAAAUCGAAUAUUCGGCCGAAUUGCCAGCCGAAGUGCUCUCUAUUAUCAAUGCCACUACGGCAAUCGCCAUGCAGGGCAAUUUCAAUGACUUCAAAAAUGCUAAAGGUAUUCCAGGUGAACAAAAACAAGCUAGCGACCCACCAUUUAAGUCAGCAUCUAGAUUACCUGAAAUCCCGUUACCGUCGUUCAAUGGUGAUUUUAAUUACUGGCCGACGUUCCGCGAUCGGUUCUCCGCACUCGUUGGCGAUAGGACCGACAUACCGAAAAUUGAUAAAAUGCAACAUUUGAUCGGAUGUCUGCAAGGUCCCGCAGCUGAUGCCAUACGCAAUAUACCCGUGUCUGCUGACAAUUACGACCUCGCGUGGUCCACGUUAUCAGCACGUUUUCAUCGCCCGCGACUAGUCGCAAAUGGGUUGAUCGACAAAUUGCUCAACGCCCCGAUGUCGUCGCAAGAGACAUUAUCCGAUCUCAAUAAUUUUGUAUCGACCUUUUCCGAGAAUAUUGCGCUGUUAAAUGCACUGAAGAUCAAAGACCUCGGAUCAUUCAUAGUGUUUUCCAUGGCCUUUCGGUGUCUCCCGGCAUCUACACGCAAAUUGUUUGAGUCGUCCACUCCUUCGGAGUUUCCGUCGGUGACUGAAUUGCUCACUUUCGUACAGUCCCGUGUGGCGAUCUUGGAGAUAGCUGGAGACCAUCAGAAAAGGUCCAAUAAUCGACCACAGUCCACAUCACAAAGCAGCGCGCUCGUUAAGAGGGUUCCGUUCAAGUCAACUACUACAUCGUUAGUUAUUUCGAAGCCAUCGAGCUCCAAGAACGAUUCCUGUCCGAAUUGUCGUGGAAAGCAUACCAUUACUGACUGUCGGAAGUUCGCGUCGUUGUCGGUCGAGGACCGCAACAACUGGGCGCGUGAAAACGGUGUGUGCUACACGUGCUUGUCGACCAAUCAUUGGGCCAACAAAUGUCACUCAAGACUCCGCUGUGAAACUUGUUCCAGGAAACACCAUACGCUACUUCAUGGGUUUUCCACACGUCGCCAGUCAGAUAGCGCCCCAUCUAGCGGUGACGCGUCCUUGUAUGCUGCAUCAAUGCCAUCCAGAACUGACGAUUCAGCAGCUGUGUUAUUGGGCACCGCUCUCGUUCACAUUCGUGACCGUUGUGGCACAUGGCAAACGGUCCGGGCCAUCGUCGAUUCCGCAUCUCAAAUAAGUGCCAUAACUGUGUCCUGUUCUGCCCGAUUAGGACUCCGGCUGAAAAACUGGACAGCACCGAUCAGUGGCCUAUCCGGUACAGCAGUCGCUGAUGUCCGAGGUACGGUCGAUUGCGUCAUCCAACCACGGUUCGCUGAAGAACCACAAUUGAAAACAAAGGCGUGGGUACUGCCAGCGAUCACGUCCAAUAUGCCGCGUCGAUCUUUAGAUACCAGCGUCAAGGAUCGAUUCGCAAAUUUGGCCCUUGCGGAUCCGACGUUUAAUAUUGCUUCUCCCGUUGAUGUGCUAUUGGGCGCUGACUUGUUCGCGCAGAUAGUAGACGGCCGGAAGGUCACUGUAGCUGCCGAUCUACCCACAGCGUUCGGCUCCAUCUUUGGAUGGAUUCUGAUUGGGCCGGUGCUCCAAACUACUGUCGACUGCCACGCAUCGCUCCCUGUGUCUCUAACCGUCUCAGUUGAAAAUCUGAUUGAGAAGUUUUGGCGUGCUGAAGAACCCGCGAUGCCGCCGCCUUCGUUCACUGAGGAUGGCCGAUGUGAGGAAGUAUUCGUGGCGGAGUACAAGCGACUGCCGUCUGGACGAUUCUCCGUGCCAUUACCGACGCGCACAGCCAUGUCUACGUUAACUUUUCCAGGCUCCCGUGAACACGCGAUUAAGCGCUUCGAAAAUCUCGAAAAACGACUAUCUAAAGACCCUAAACUACAAGAAUUAUACUCCAAUUUCAUGUCCGAAUACUUGACAUUGGGUCAUAUGUCGGUGGCGAAAACGCCCGGGACAUAUUUUAUACCACACCACGCCGUAUAUCGACCUGCAGAUGGUGAUAACAAAAUCCGCGUUGUUUUUGACGCGUCCGCAAAAGGAUCGCGAGGACCGUCACUAAACGAAUGCUUGCUGCAGGGCCCCAAAUUGCAACAAGACAUCGUCGAUGUAUUGACCCGUUUUCGUGUGCCAAAACGAGUAUUCACGGCAGACAUCUGCAAGAUGUAUCGCCAAAUAUUGGUCCUACCAGAGUACCGUACACUUCAGCACGUGUUUUGGCGGUCGUCUCCGUUCGAAAAGCUUAUCGAGUACGAGCUCGACACAGUGACAUACGGGACAAACUGUGCCCCAUUUUUAGCGCUUCGCGUCCUUAAAGCAAUCGCCCUUAACGAUUGUACUGAUUACGACGACGUUCGUGACGCGUUGUUAAAUCAGACGUACGUCGAUGAUGUGUGUGCCGGCGCUGAUUCCACUACCGACGUUCUGAAACUACAAUCUGACCUAAUCUCAAUUCUAAGUCGUGCAGGGCUAGAAUUAAAAAAAUGGUCCAGUAACGAACCCGACGUUUUAAACGCCGUGCCUGUCGACCAUUGUGUGAGCUAUCCACAUCCGUUUGACGCCGACGAUGACAGCGGAAUAAAGGUACUGGGUCUUCAGUGGCGUCCGACCGACGAUUCGUUUUCGUGCGCCCUUCGCCUCAAUUUAUGGCCGGUCAUCUGUACGAAAAGGGGAUUGCUGUCCAUGAUCGCGAGGAUCUACGAUCCGUUAGGACUGUUCGCACCAGCAACCUUUCACGGUAAAUGCAUAAUGCAACGCACAUGGUCGGCGAAAGUGUCAUGGGAUGACCCUCUUCCUCAUGACAUUUCGCGGGACUGGGAAUCGUUUGUAUCGGACUUGCCAUCACUGAACGACCUGAAGGUGCCUCGUCAUUUCAAUUCCCGUCGUGGAUCGCCGUGUCUGUUGCUAGGAUUUUGUGAUGCUUCCCAACACGGUUACGCUGCUGUUUUAUACAUAAAAAUGUUAGACCAUGACUCUGACUCGUCCAUUUUCCUCGUCGGGACUAAAACGAAGCUGGCACCAAUUAAAAGUUUAUCGAUUCCUAGGUUGGAGCUGAACGCCGCGUUAUUGCUAUCUCGAUGGAUGAAUCGGAUUCAAACAACCCUUAAAUCAUACCUAAACAUUGUCGGUUUGUAUGCAUGGAGUGAUUCUGCCAUCGUGUUAUCAUGGUUGAAAAAUCCGCACACCUCAUUCAAAGUAUAUGUCUCCAAUCGCGUCCAUCAAAUCAUUACUUUAAUGCCUGACUGUCGAUGGCUCCAUAUAAGGUCGGAGGAGAACCCCGCAGAUUGCGCUUCGCGCGGCGUCCUGCCAUCAGUGUUGUCCACUCUAUCGCUAUACUGGCAAGGUCCCCGGUUCAUACACGAUGACACAGCUACCUGGGACGUAACUGUACCUUCGAUCCCGAUACCCGAUCUACCUGAGACGCGUCCCGCAGUCCUAGUGCUCAGUACUGAACUGCCCUCCGAAUGGUAUGACAAAUUCUCGUCAUAUGACCGACUGGUUCGCGUAGUCGCCUACAUUUAUCGUUUUCUUAAAGCUUGUAAGAAACAUUCUCGGGCACCUGUCAAGGCAUUACAGCGCAUAGAACUCGACGAUUCCAUUCGUAAACUGGUCAUUAUGUCACAACAGUGCUUCUAUAAAACAUUAACACACGAGCUAUCGACGUCGACACGUGUAUCAUCGAAACACCUGUCUAGACUACGUCCGUUUUUGGAUCCAUUUGGGGUGAUCCGCGUCGGAGGACGACUGCGGUAUUCUAACUUAAAUUACGGUUCCAAACACCCCAUGCUAUUAGCGAAACAGUCACAUUUGUCGAUGCUACUAUGCCGCCGAUGGCACAAGAUCUCGUGUCAUGCUGGCCCGCGGAUAAUGACGGCUCUUAUAUCGCGCGAAUUCUGGAUCGUGUCGAUUAAAUCUGUUAUACACUCUGUCACCCGCGCAUGUCCGAUUUGCGUGCGUUUUGAUGCUAAACCGCCGCAACCUAUAAUGGCAGACUUACCAGCCGCACGAGUCCAGCAAAGUAGGCCGUUCGCGAGAGUAGGGGUUGACUACGCUGGUCCACUCCAAAUGCGUGAAGUGCGACUACGAAAAUCUCGCGUAUAUAAAGUUUAUAUUGCCGUCUUCAUAUGUUUUUCUGUGAAAGCCGUUCACUUAGAAGUGGUCACAGAGUUGUCAACGGAGGCAUUCCUCGCCGCCUUUGACAGGUUCGUCGCACGACGAGGCUUACCGUCUGAAAUUUUUUCGGACUGCGGCACUAACUUUAUCGGUGCGGAUAAACAAUUACAGUUAUUGAUUAACAGUCCGGACGGUCAAUGCGCGAUUUCACAAGCGCGCGCAUCAUGCCAAUGGCAUUUUAACCCCCCGAGUGCGCCACAUUUUGGCGGCCUAUGGGAAGCUGCGGUCCGGUCGACCAAACGAUUAUUAAUCCGUACCAUGGGUACCCAUGUACUUACAUAUGAAGAGUUUACUACCCUGCUCACACGUGUCGAGGCAGUACUUAAUUCGAGACCAUUGACCCCACUAACCACGGACCCAACUGACCUCGAAUACUUGUCCCCUGGACAUUUCUUAAUCGGUCAGCCUCUGUUAGCUGUACCUCCCCGAGUAUCAUUCGAAUCACGUGUCAACUUAACUCAACGUUGGAAGUUGCUCGACCAAUGCCAUCAAGCAUUCUGGCGACGUUGGUCAACCGAAUACCUGACUUCACUUCAAGGGAGAUCUAAAUGGGCUACUGAAGUACCCAAUGUCAAGGUCAAUGACAUGGUAGUAAUAAUCGAUAAUCAGUCUCCACCGUUGGCAUGGCGCCUUGGGCGCAUUCUCGAAGUACUACCAGGUAACGACGGCGUCGUACGUGUUGUGCGAUUGUUAACAUGUCAUGGCCAAAUCACUCGACCGGUUGCUAAAAUAGUAGUGUUACCCACCCAAUAG